GGUGCACUUGUUGUUUAUUACUUUUCUCUAUGCUUGUUGUUUUCAAAAUAAUAUUUCUCUGAAAAUAUGAAGGAACCAAAGCAGGCGGCGAUAGAAGAUUUAGCAGAUCUGCGCAAUUAUUUUUUAUCACACAACAGUUUUAGAGAAUAUAUAGCUCAUAGCUCUAAAGUGCAUUCAGUAGGUUGGUCUUGUGACGGCAAGAGGCUUGCUUCGGGUUCUUACGACAAGAAUGUAGCUAUAUUUACUUUAGAUAGACAUAGACUGAGUCAAGACUUCUUAUUUCGUGGCCAUACAGGCUCUGUGGACCAACUGUGUUGGCAUGCUUCACAUCCAGAUCUUCUCAGUACUGCAAGUGGGGACAAAUCUGUCAGAAUCUGGGAUACAAGAUCACACAAAUGUGCAGCUACAAUUGCCACAAAAGGGGAAAACAUUAAUAUAGCCUGGUCCCCUAAUGGAAGCACAAUUGCUGUGGGAAAUAAAGAGGAUUUAGUCUCAUUUAUAGACACGAAGACUUAUAAAGUAGUUACAGAAGAACAGUUCAAUUUUGAAGUUAAUGAAAUAUCAUGGAAUCUUUCUUCGGAUUUAUUUUACUUGACAAAUGGCUUGGGAUGUGUUCAUAUACUGACAUAUCCCACAUUAGAACUGCAAACGGUAUUGAAAGCUCACCCGGGCACCUGCAUCUGUAUAGAGCAUGACCCAACCGGGCGUUACUUCGCCACCGGAUCAGCUGACGCCUUAGUGUCUCUGUGGGAUGUCAACGAGCUUGCUUGCCUGAGGGUAUUCUCCAGGUUGGAAUGGCCGGUGCGAACACUUUCAUUCAGCUUCGACGGGCGUCUGCUGGCGUCAGCGAGCGAGGACCAUAUAAUAGACAUCGGAGAUACAGAAACAGGUGAGAAAGUUGCUGAGAUUCCCGUGCAGGCAUCGACUUUCACAGUAGCUUGGCACCCGUCCAGAUACUUGGUGGCGUACGCGUGCGAGGACAAAGAGCCACCGGAAAGAAAGCGAGACUCCGGCGGACUCAAACUGUGGGGCCUUCCGGGUUCCGCGAGCUGAAUACAGAC